GUGACGUCACGGAGGCGGAAAUUUCAAAAAGUAAAACUAGGAAGUGGCUGGCGGUAGCGCCCCCGUAGGGAAAGAGCCGCCCCCAGGCUCUGAGGGAUGCCGAGCCCCCCAUAUGCUCCACGGAAACGCGGCGAUUGGAUUCUUUCCCUCUUUCCUUUCUAGAAAGCAGCAGCGCCAUUAACAUUAAAACUAUGGCUGGAUUGCCAAGAAGAGCCAAACAGAAUACCCAGGUUUCUAAACAAGACCUGUCAUUCAUGAGCAUAUCUGAAUCAGAAGAUGAUGGGGACAGUCCGCAUGAAGAUGAGUGGACACCAGAACAAAAGGCACCUAAAACAAAGGCCCAGCAAAAACCUUCUACUGCAAAGCCCCGAAAAGCUCCCGCAAAAAAACCCACUGCCAAACCAAAGUCUGAGGCGGCCCCCCGUAAGCCAAGAAAGGAAAAAUCAACAAAACUUGAUACAAACAUUGCCCAGGAAGGAUUAUUGGGCCAAACCAUUAAACAGGAAAAGAAAACGCCUAAAAAAACCCCUGUGAAAAAGAAAAUGGUCCAAAGUCCAGUUCCAGAGAAAGUGCCAAUUAAAGAAGAGAGAAGAAGUUUGGGAAUCUCAGAUUUUCCCUCCACUAGUACUCUGCCAAAAGGAACAUCAAUAAAGGAAGAGAUGUUGUUUAAGAGGGAGGAAGCUACUGAUGAGGAGCCUCCUGAUGAUUUCACAUUUGGCGAACCUCCCUUAAAAAAGCUGAAACCAUCUUCUGAUUCUUUUGGGAAGCCGGUAAAGCACAUGAACUCCAGCGCUGCCCAUGGGGGGCACGAGAUGAACUGGAACUUUGUUGAGGUUCUCUCAGAGAAGACAAAUGUUGAGCCAUGGGUUUGUUCAAACCUGAUCCAGCUCUUCCACGAUGACAACACGAUUCCCUUCAUUGCUCGAUACAGAAAAGAGCUUAUUAACAACCUUGAUGCAGAUGCAUUACGAGAGGUACAGCAAGGACUAGAGGAGUUACGCUCUGUGGCAAAGAAAGCACAUACACUGAUAGAGAAACUGAAGAAAGAAGGGAAACUAAAUUCUGGAUUACACACAUCCAUGUUAAACUGCAGAUCAGCAGAUGAAAUUGAGCAUGUGUACGCCCCUUACAAGACCGGUAGCAAAGGAACGAAAGCACAAAGAGCCAAACAGCUUGGACUGGAAACUGCUGCAAGAGGUCUUAUUGAAACCCCUGCACAACUCAACCUAUUCUCGUAUAUUAACAGUAAUGUUGAAGGCCUUUCAACGCUGCAGGAUAUAGAGAUGGGAGUGCAACACAUUUUAGCCGACAUGUUUGCUAAGGACAAAGAUACUGUGGAGCACAUCAGGAGUUUGUGUAAGCAGAACAACGUGACAAUCCAUUCGACGCUUGCCAAGGCGACUGGAAAGGAAAAGGAAGGAAAUGUAAAAGAUGUGGACAAGUUCCAUUUAUAUCACGACUUUACCUGUAGUAUAAAUAGAAUCCAUCAUCAUCAGAUUCUGGCCAUUAACCGAGGGGAAAAUCUGAAAAUCCUGACAGUAAAGGUCAACGUUCCUGACAGGGUGAAGGAUGCUUUCUGUAGGUGGUGUGUGAAUGAAAGGUGGAGACCCAAACAGUUUGCAAGACCAGAACUCAUGAAAAUACUACAUAACUCUGUUGAAGAUUCUUACAAACGACUUCUGUAUCCUCUCCUUUGCAGGGAAUACAGGUCAAAAUUGACCUCGGAUGCAGAGAAAGAAUCCAUAAUGAUGUUUGGACGAAACCUUCGACAGUUGCUUCUUGCAAACCCUGUUCGUGGACGCACUAUAAUGGGGGUUGAUCCUGGAUAUAAACAUGGCUGCAAGCUAGCUAUCAUCUCGCCCACCAAUCAGAUCUUGCACACGGAUGUUGUGUACCUGCACACUGGCCACGGGCAUGGUAUCCAUGAAGCAGAAAAAAUAAAGAGGCUUCUACUUAACUUCAAUUGUUGUACAGUUGCCAUUGGAAAUGGAACAGCCUGCAGGGAAACAGAGCGUUAUUUUGCAGAUUUAAUUCAGAGGAGGUUUUUUGCACCUCUUGAUGUCGUCUACUGCAUUGCGAAUGAAGCGGGUGCUUCAAUUUACAGUGUGAGCCCAGAAGCCGCUAAGGAAAUGCCAGACCUGGAUCCAAACCUUCGCAGUGCGGUUUCCAUAGCAAGACGUGUACAGGAUCCAUUAGCUGAGCUUGUGAAAAUUGAGCCCAAACACAUUGGCGUUGGAAUGUACCAGCACGACGUCUCCCAGACUUUAUUAAAGGCAACUCUGGACAGUGUGGUUGAAGAGUGCGUGAGCUUUGUGGGAGUGGAUAUAAACAUUUGCUCUGAAACGCUUCUCAGGCAUAUUGCUGGGUUGAAUUCUGCAAGAGCCAAGAAUAUCAUUGAAUGGAGAGAGAAGAAUGGUCCAUUUAUUACCAGAGAGCAGCUCAAGCUUGUCAAAGGUCUGGGUCCUAAAUCCUUCCAACAAUGCGCUGGCUUUAUUAGAAUUAACCAGGAGUACAUACGGAGCUUUUGCAGGGACCAACCAACAGGGAACCCCAGAGGAACAGACCAAGCCAAUCCCAGCAGCAGUUCUUCUAAACAGGGCAAGAAGAAAGGCAAAACUUCUGCAAAUGUGCCUUUAAAUCCAAACCCUUUGGAUCAAACCUGUAUCCACCCCGAGUCAUACAGUAUAGCAAUGAGGUUCAUUACCCUGGUGGGUGGAAACUCCAAUGAUACUGGAACUCAGAAAAUAAAAGACCAAGUUAACAGGUUCAUUCAACGAGAGGCAGUUGAAAGUGUCGGGCAGAAACUUAACACAACCGUACACACGUUGCAGCUAAUUAUCGACGGCCUCUGCCAGCCCGAAGGCUUUGAUAUCCGCACAGAGUUUGACAAAGCCGAUUUUAAGACAAAUAUUGUCUGCCUUGAAGAUCUCAGAGUUGGAACAAUCCUAACUGGAAAAGUGGAAAACGCUACUUUGUUUGGGGUUUUUGUUGACAUUGGUGUGGGCAAAGCAGGGCUUAUCCCCAUUCGAUAUAUAACCGAGGCAAAGCUUCCUAGCCAAAAGAGAAGAAGGAGCCUCGGCUUAGGACCCGGAGAGCGAGUGGAAGUGAAAGUUAUGAGUGUUGACGUCAGGCAGUCAAGGAUAUCACUCGAUCUUAUACGAGUUCUCUGAUCAGUGUAUGUUUAAUAAAGACCCAUACAAACUACAUUCUGGCAAAACAUUUUUCUUAGGGUAGAAGAAUAUUUUUUGUUAAAUUUAGCAAAAAUGCCCUAAUUACACCAUAAUUCUAUAACAGCUCAGAGUCCCUUAGAUGUGCUAGAUGAAUGCAAAGAUUUGAUAGGCUGCUAUAGAUAACUGCUCUAGUGCAGUUAAGCACUUGCAUUAGUAAAUCAAUCCCUUUAUGAAAGAGAUAAAUCAGUGUUGGAAAUGUUGUAGAUUUAAUAAGCCCAAUGCUGGUUCAUCAUCAUCAUCAUCAUAAUUUAUAGAAAGUGUAAGUAAGGAAGGCAGUGGUAGAUGAUUGUUAGUUAUAGUUCAAUGUAGCAGAGAAUUAUUAUCUAUGCAUUUUGUUGUGUCGUUGAAUCUCUAUAGGGCUGCCUGACAUGGGGACCUGAACAGAAGCAGUAUGCAUUGCACUACACCCCAUUAACAGGAGUUGAAGUCAAACAAGCCUUUAUAUUCCUUAUUUAUAGGUUUCCUUAAGAAAACAGUAAAGCGCAAGGAAUUAUUGUUGACAGAACUUUCCUUCUCAACACCACCCAACUCAGGAGCAGAAUCUGCCUUAUAUCUUUCCUCAGCUGCGCUACUGGAAGCAUGAAAGCCAAGCGGCACCUCUGGUGGUUUUAUAUGUAUAUAUUUUUCUGUUUGUUUAUGUGUUUGUUUUAAAUGGUUUAGUUACGCCAAGGCAAACAUAGGCCUACUUCUUCACUCCUAUGUAAAUAUUCCGAAAAUAAAUGUCCUGCUGUACUUUCUAUAA